CCAGCAAGUUUUGGCCCAAAAGAGUUAAGACUGUGUGCACUGUAAUGCAUAUUUGGGUGUUAUCUCUGUUACAUUAGCUCUUGAAGCAUUCUGAUUACAACUUGUAGCUGCCAAGCCCUGUCCUGCAGUAUUAUCUGGAGCAAAAAAUUUUCCAUGUGGUUGUACUGCAGAGCGUCUGUAUGCAUGAACACAUUGCAUAUGAAGACGUACGAUAUAAAGGAAUGGUGCUUUUAGGAGGGUAAAUGCAUGGAAGAGAAGGUGGUUCGUGUUACGCAGUGGCCGUUUAACUGGAGAUCCUGAUGUGUUGGAAUAUUACAAAAAUGAUCAUGCCAAGAAGCCUAUUCGUAUUAUUGAUUUAAAUUUAUGUCAGCAAGUUGAUGCUGGAUUGACAUUUAAUAAGAAAGAGUUUGAAAACAGCUACAUUUUUGAUAUCAACACUAUUGACCGGAUUUUCUACUUGGUAGCAGACAGUGAGGAGGAAAUGAAUAAGUGGGUUCGUUGCAUUUGUGACAUCUGUGGGUUUAAUCCUACAGAAGAAGAUCCUGUGAAGCCGCCUGGUAGCUCCUUGCAAGCACAAGCUGAUUUGCCCUUAGCUAUAAAUACAGCACCACCAUCCUCCCAGAUGGACUCCUCCGCUCUACCUCCUUCCUAUCAGCUCAUUAGCCUUCCGCCACCACAUGCGGAAACUCUUGGCAUCCAGGAGGAUCCCCAAGACUACCUCUUGCUAAUCAACUGUCAAAGCAAGAAGCCUGAACCCACCAGCCAAGGGUCAUCUUUUGUUUCGGAAGAAGGAGAGGAAUACCUACUGCUAGAAGACUUUGAGAGCAAAACGAUUCCGUUGCAAACACAUGCCGACUCUGCAAAAUCCACCUCUUCUGAAACAGACUGCAAUGAUAACGUCCCUUCUCACAAAAAUCCACCCUCCUCCCAGAGCAAACAUGGAGUGAAUGGCUUUUUCCAGCAGCAAAUGCUGUAUGACUCUCCCCCAUCACGGGCUGCCUCUGUAUCCAUAGACCCCAACCUUUACAACCUGCCCAGGAGUUACUCUCAUGAUGUGCUACCAAAGGCAUCUCCCUCAAGUACUGAAACAGAUGGAGAACUCUAUGUUUUUAAUACCCCAUCUGGGACAUCAAGUAUAGAGGCUCAAAUGAGGCAUGUCUCCAUCAGCUAUGACAUUCCUCCAACACCCGGUAGUACUUACCAGGUUCCACGAACAUUUCCUGAUGGCACCUUGGGACAGACAUCCAAGCUAGACACUAUUCCUGAUAUCCCACCACCUCGGCCACCGAAGCCGCAUCCAGCUCACGACAGAUCUCCCGUGGAAACGUCUGGGCUCCCACGCACGACUUCCGACACCGACAGUAGCUACUGCAUCCCUACAGCAGGGGUGCCGCCAUCACGUAGUAAUACCAUUUCCACUGUGGAGCUGAACAAAUUGCGAAAAGAUGCUAGUUCUCAAGACUGCUAUGAUAUUCCACGAACAUUUCCAAGUGAUAGAUCUAGCUCACUUGAAGGCUUCCAUAAUCACUUUAAAAUCAAAAAUGUGUUGACAGUGGGAAGUGUAUCAAGUGAAGAACUGGAUGAAAAUUACGUUCCAAUGAAUCCCAACUCACCACCACGACAACAUUCCAGCAGUUUUACAGAACCCAUUCAGGAAGCAAAUUACGUGCCAAUGACUCCAGGGACAUUUGAUUUUUCUUCAUUUGGAAUGCAAGUUCCUCCACCUGCUCAUAUGGGCUUCAGGUCCAGCCCAAAGACCCCUCCCAGAAGGCCAGUUCCUGUGGCAGACUGUGAACCACCGCCGGUAGACAGGAACCUCAAGCCAGACAGGAAAGGUCAAAGCCCUAAAAUUUUAAGACCCAAACCCCAUGGUUUAGAGCGAACUGAUUCACAAACCAUAGGUGACUUUGCUACAAGAAGAAAGGCCAAGCCAGCACCUCUAGAAAUAAAACCUUUGCCGGAGUGGGAGGAGUUGCAGGCCCCAGUUAGAUCUCCCAUCACCAGGAGUUUUGCUCGAGACUCCUCUAGGUUCCCUCUGUCGCCACGACCGGAUUCGGUGCACAGCACAACAUCAAGCAGUGACUCACACGACAGUGAAGAGAAUUACGUUCCUAUGAACCCAAACCUGUCCAGUGAAGACCAAAGUCUUUUUGGCAGUAACAGUCUUGAUGGAGGAAGCAGUCCUAUGAUCAAGCCCAAAGGAGACAAACAAGUGGAAUACCUAGACCUUGAUUUAGAUUCUGGAAAAUCCACACCACCACGUAAGCAAAAGAGCAAUGGUUCGGGCAGCAGCGUAGCUGAUGAGAGAGUGGAUUACGUGGUGGUUGACCAACAGAAAACGCUGGCUCUGAAGAGCACACGGGAAGCCUGGACAGAUGGGAGGCAGUCCACAGAGUCGGAAACACCCACCAAGAGUGUGAAGUGAAGGCAGUGCCCUGCCAUUUCUGAACAAGAGAGAACUGCCUUGUACAGAUAAAUCCUGUUGCAAGAUGACAUAGCACGUCUAUACUAGGUAGAUCCUUCUAGAAUUGAAGUCAAAGGACCUUUCAGAUAAAAGUAAGCAAUUUAGACUGUAAAUGGUGCUUUGUGGUAUCUGAACAGUUCAUAAUGUGUAAAUAAUGUGGGGAAAUAGUAUUGUUUAGCUCCCAGAGAAGCAUUUGUUCCAUAAUUAACACACUUGUAGUAUUAUUGUAUUUAUGCACUUUUUCAUUUAAAACAUCAAUCUGGGUAUUCCCAAUGUACUUUAACAAAAUUCCUUCUUGUUUUGGUUUUGUUUUUUUUUUCUCCCCUCCCCCACACUACUCUAUAUAACAAUACUAAAUUAACUAAGUACUUUUUAGAUUUGGAAGUACUAUGGUCUAAUGACAUUAAAACGAGAAGUAGAUACACAAGUUAGCUUUCCCUGGAGCAUCAAGUGGCAAUGAUUAGCUUGGAUGACAAAGUAGAGUAGGACUCCUCAUUCAUUGCCUUCCAAAAUGCCGAGGACAAUGCAUGUCAUGUCCUAAUGGUGUCAGGACCUGGUUCUCUAGCUCAUGUACAUUUAGUGUUUAAUGUUAUAUUUUGUUCAUUACA